UCCGCGUCUCUGGCUCUGUAUCUCUGGCUCCCUGGCCUCUCUGCAGCGCUCCCGACAUGGACUGUAACUGCGUCUCGGAUCUGCUCUUCACCCCGCCGGUGCCGGCACUCUGGACUCCGGGCUUUGCCUUCCCGGACUGGGCCUACAAGCCCGAGUCGUCCCCGGGCUCUCGACAGAUCCAGCUGUGGCAUUUCAUCUUGGAGCUCCUACAAAAGGAGGAGUACCAGGGCGUCAUCGCGUGGCAGGGAGACUAUGGCGAGUUCGUCAUCAAGGACCCUGAUGAGGUGGCACGCCUGUGGGGCAUCCGCAAGUGCAAGCCCCACAUGAACUAUGACAAGCUGAGCCGGGCCCUGCGUUAUUACUAUAACAAACGCAUCCUUCACAAGACCAAAGGGAAGAGGUUCACGUACAAGUUCAACUUCAGCAAAGUCGUGCUGGUCAAUUACCCCCUGUUGGACAUGGCCGCAGCCCCUCUGCUGCUCACCCCGGGGCCCUUUGGGGGGGCAGCCGGGCCCGACGGCCCUCCCCUUACUCCAGAGGCAUUACAGACCCUGUUCUCCACACCACGCCUGGACACAGGAAGCAGGACGCCCCUGUUUGCCCAACACCUGUCUGCCCCAGACACAGACAAACUCCGGCUGGAUGGGCCAUUUCCCUUCCUGGGCCCUGGUACUGCUGGCUACUCGAAACCCCCUGCCCUCCUGAGCCCCUACGGCCGCACCUUUCCCGAGUAUCCCUGGAACUUUAACCCCUACCUGGCAAGCCCCUUCCCCAAGCUGCCUGCCUCCCUAUAUCCACCACAUUUCUACCCCAACCCCCUGGCUGGAUCCUUGGGGCAGCUGCCCACAGGGCCUGGGGGAGGGGGCCCUGCCACAGCACCCCUCCUGGCCGGCCCCACUGGCGAUGGACCUGGAUCCCAGCGCACAAGCCUGGCCCCAGGUGCCCGUCUGACUCUGCCCGGGACAGGGGUCCCCGAGGUUCCCUCUCUGGGGCCCAAAGAGGAAAGCGACUCUGAGCUGGAAGUGACUGAUGUCAGCGGCUGCAGCUCAGACAGUGAGGGCGAUGAUGGUGCUCCAGGGCCCCCUGAGGGUCAGGGAAGCCGAGGUGGGGCAGGGAGCUGAGGGGACAGGGAAUCUUACCUCCCCCUUUCCCCCUCCGGGGGGCCUAGAGUCUCCUCCCCCAGAUCAAAAGGGGACAUGGUAUCCCCAGGGUCUCCCUCAAAGCUCACCCCCCCCUUCCCAGGGCCAAGGGAGGGACCACUUGUCCUUUCCAAAUCCCAGGAAGCUGCCCCCACAUAUUGCCCUUCAUCCCAAUCAGAAGGGGGCAGAGACCAGAAGGGAUCAUUUCUCCUUUACAAGCUGGUCUUGAGUCCAAACCCCAGGAGUGCCCUCCCUCCCCAGGCUAGAGAGGGAAAGGGACU